AUGACCGAAUCGACAUUUGGCACUGGAAGCAUCUUCAAGGAGGUGGCAACGACGAUGGAAGGCAAGGCCACCGUGGUAAAGAUUCCUGUCACCCCUGAACCAGUUCUUGUCGCAGUUCAGACUACCAUCGAUGGCAAGGCAACGGUCUUGUUGGUUGAAUCAACUCCAACAGCAGGAUUUAAGCCAGUCUCGCUUACACUGGUUUCUCAAGUCGGCGGCAGCACUGGCAUCUUUACAACCACUGAUCCGCCGGAGACUGUCACGACCAUGAUCGACGGAAAGGAGACAACAAUAGUGCGGACACCGGUCCCCAGAGAGUUCACUUCGGUCAUUGGAGGUACCCGAACGACAUUUGAAGUCGUCACCACACCCUCAGGCACCAUGCCUCUAUCAUUUACCAUCAUAUCAACCAUUGGUGGGACUGUUAGCACCAUUGUGUCGACUCCGACGCCAAUAACUCUGGUUACUUCGAUUCCUGGAAAGCUAAGCACCAUCACCUCAACGCCCCGGCCCAUUACACGUCUCUCAACAAUAAAGGCAUCUACAGCGACGUUCACUUGGGUCUCAACGCCUACGUCUACAGACUUCGCAGACAAUGUUGUUACCAAGAUCGAAAGGUUCGGCUUUACUAACGGAGAUUACUUUGUCGGCAAGUUUCUCCCAGUAAUUCUGGCCGUAAUGGUUACCAUUCCACUCCGGAUCAUCGAUCUCAACGUGAAACUAUACCAGCCAUUCUUUGCGAUGGCUCAGGAGGGGGGCUCGCUGGGAAAAAACAGUAUCAAUCUCCAAUUCGACGGUUGGAAGGGCAUUCUGACACCAUUCGAGGUUCUCAUGCAGGGGCAUCCGGUUCCUUUCAUCACAACUUUGAUGCUAUGGUCAUCGGCCAUGCUGGUUCCCUUGGCUACUGAAGCGAUCGGCAUGAAGCUCCACGGAAGGUGCAAAGUCACCGCCAUUGAAGGCUGUGGUAUUCAGCUCGGCGUCUCCACGGUGUCUUCCCAUGCGCUUGUCGCGUUACUUGCGUUCAUUAUUCUUCUUCUCCUUGUCCUCCUCUACUUUCUACGCAGUUGGGAGACAGGCCUUCAUGCAAACCCAUGGAGCAUCGCAGGAAUAUCGUCACUCUCCAGGAACCCUGGCGUUCGAUCUCAACAGAUUGACUUCAAGGCUAGCAAAACAGUCGUGGCUGAGAAGACCUUCAUGAUUGGAUACUUCGAGAACAGCCAGGGAAGGAAAGAAUAUGGCAUCAUCUUCUGUGACGAUUCAUCUCGGCAUUUGCAGGCGGCUGCGUCUAGUGCAUUACUUGCUGAUGACGAGCUGGAUGGUACGAUUCAGCGCAAUGUUUCGAAGAAGGCUAGAAAGUCUGUCCCUUUCAUCGCACUCACGUACUGGUGGCGACUGGGGUUUAUCUUUUUUCUCGUUUCACUGUUCAUUUUGGUUCUGUAUUACCACACUACACUCCAGGUUCGAACUUCCUUCAAAGUGGUUACGGACAGCCAAACAUGGGGAGUUCGGUUCUUUCUCUCGGCAUUGGGAGUAAUCAUUAUUUUCUGCUGGGAAUCUAUUUUUGUCAGGUCAUCGAUCCUCCUCACACGUCCGACGAACAGCUUUUAUGGUAUCUACGCUGCCAUCCUUGAAGGCAAUGCUGUUCUCAUGCUUGCGGCGUUCAUGGCAAUCUUGGCGGAGUUUCUUCCCAUCCUUCUCACCAAUAUCCCUUACAAUCUGACGCAGACACUUCCUACUCAUAACAUCUGUGCGGUCACUAGUAUCUCAAUUCUGGCGCUUAUGGUGACGACUCUUGUGGCGAGUCUCUUCAUCAAAUGGCCCGAUAUGCCUGUCGACCCACGCAGCAUCGCUGGUGCCAUGUACUAUAUCAACGAAAGCAGGAUGUUAGAGGACUUUGAGGGAUUAUCAGAAUUGAAUUCUAAAGAAAGAGAGAAGAAAGUAAAGGAGUUGGGCAGGAGGUACUUUUAUGGCACUAUUAGCGGGCAAAAUGGCAGGCGCAUGGGCGUUGAGUCGAUCGAAAGCGUUGAAGAUACGGCAUAUACUGGCGAUCAUUGGUUCUUGCCACAGAUUGAAGUGGACGAUCACGAGAAUGAUGGAUUGAAUACUAUUCAAGAGGGUUAUGAGACGAAUCACGAACGGGCGCAAAGAGUCUACAACAGAGAGGUGGGACUGGUUUGA